CGCGCAACAUAAAGAAAGCCGUCGAAGAAUAAAAGCAGAAACAGCUGUUUGUGUCAUCGUAGAGAUAUAAUUUCCAAUAGCUGCAGAAGUUAUGACGGACGCCGUAACAGACAGUUGGUUGUAUUACGUGUUAGUGGGCCUGAUGUUGAUACCUGUUUAUAUGUUUUGUACCCUCUUGAAGUUCUUCGGUUGGAAAUUGUUUGUUAACAAUUAAUCUGUCUCGC